AUGGACCCAUGGGAGUUUCCACCCACUGCCCCCAAUGCUAACAAGACUGACGAGGCUGGUUCAAAAGACAAUGACUACUUCACAGAGUUGUCAAAAGACCACAAUAUAAUGACGGAGGUGCUCUUUGGAAGAAAUCUGAGACUAAAUCUAGCCUUGACCCUGUGGCGAAGAAAUGUUGGAGAACUGCUUACAUAUUUUUUAAGUCUUGACGAUGAGUCAGAGUCAUCCAGUGUUUCAAUUGGCUGUUGUGUUGACCUUUUCCCUCUAGUGAAAAAGGUCCUCACUAGUCCAUAUGAAGAGUGA